AUGGGGAGGAGAGAAGUGAGAAAGAUGGAGAGGAAAGCUAGUAGCAAGAAAGAUAAAGCCGAAGAUAACCAAACACUACAUGACAAUGAAGAGUUUAAGAAACCAGGAAUUUCAGUUUAUAAAUCAUACGUCAAUGCCGGAGCGGGACUUUUCUUCAAAAUUGUUAUUUUAUCCACGCUAAUUAUAUCGCAAUCCUUUACAAGUGCCAGCGACUAUUGGCUAAUCAAAUGGUUGCAAGAUAUAAGAAUUUAUAGCCACAGCAUAGAGAAUCUCGAAAAUAUUACAUCUAACAAAAGUAUUUUUCACAACAUUGAAGACGAAAAUUUUUAUCACACUGAAGAAUUCAACAUGUAUGUUUACAUUGGUUUGAUAUGUGCCGUAUUUCUAACGACUUUACCUUCUGGAUUAUUGGUAUACAGAUUCUUUACAAUUGCUUCUUUCAAGCUGCAUAACAAUAUGUUUCGUUGUAUCAUUCGAACUCCAAUAUCAUUUUUGGAUAACAAUCCUGUUGUGAGAAGUCCAGUAUUUUCACAUCUGAGUGUAUCUCUUUACGGACUGACGACAAUUAGAGCAUUUAAAGCUGAAAGCAGAUUUAAAUCCAUGUUUAAUAAGUAUCAGGAUAAACAUACUUCAACGUUGUUUAUUUACACGUGUUUAAUUCGAUGGAUUUCCGUAUACGGUCACAUAAUUUGUUUUAUAAAUCUAAUUAUUACCGUUAUUAUUUUCGGUGUUUCAAAUAAUUCAGAUGAUGCAGGAAGCAAAAUUGGACUUUUAUUAAAUUACGGAAUUGUAAUAAUUUUGAAUUUACAAAACCUUAUUGCAUUUACAUGUGAAAUGGAAUUUCAGAUGAACUCGGUAAAGCGCAUUCUGAAAUACAGCAAAUUGAAAUCGGAAGCUUUAUACGAAAGUUUGCCCGAAAAACGACCACCCUCGGAUUGGCCACAAAGAGGAGAAAUUCAUUUUUAUAAUGUUUCUUUACAAUACUCCGAGGAUAAAAACUUCGUUUUAAAGAACUUGACAUUUCUUAUUCAUUCUGGAGAAAAGAUUGGGAUUGUCGGGAGAACUGGAGCAGGAAAGAGUUCAAUAAUUGCUUCGUUAUUUCGCAUGACGGAGCCAACGGGGAAAAUCACCAUCGAUGGAAUCGACACUAAGGAAAUCGGUCUUCGGGAUCUACGUAGUAAAAUAUCCAUCAUUCCACAAGAUCCCAUGUUGUUUACCGGUCCUCUUCGAAGGAACAUCGAUCCUUUCGAUGAAUAUUCGGAAGAAACGCUGUGGAACGUGAUAGAAGAGGUACAGUUAAUAGAAGUUAUUAGUAAAUUACCUGGAGGAUUGGAUACACACUUAACGGAAGGAGGGAGAAAUUUCAGCGUGGGAGAAAGACAAUUAAUUUGUCUGGCCAGAACCAUUCUUCGCCGGAAUAAAAUUCUCGUCAUGGACGAAGCAACGUCCAAUAUCGAUAAAAGCUUGAUGACCUCAGAACAGCUGGUGUUGGAGUUCUCCGGACAUUCUCAGACGUCUCAGGAGGAGAAGGAUUUAAAAUUGGGAUUGUCGGGAGAACUGGAGCAGGAAAGAGUUCAAUAA